AUGCCCUCAGCUUCUCCGAACACAUCGGAUUCCGACAUUGAGCAAGAUCUUCUGGCAAGUGCUUAUGAGGCUUCCGACUCCGCCGUGACUGCUGGGAAGUAUGUGGUGGAUUAUGAUCCGGAGCGGCUUUCCACCAUCAUGGUGCUCCUUACAUGGAGAGGCACGGUCUUCCGCAAUGCCAUCCUCUGGGUGGAGCAGCUCUUAGUGGUAGGUGUCUACGUUGCUACGGCAUUUAUCGUCCAUCGAGGCGACAUGCGUGACGAGGAAGUCCAGAAAGACGCAACCGGCCUGGCAGACAAGAUGGCGACCUUGGCCGCUUUCCUGCUUGGUUUCUACACCUCCCUCACAGUGAGCCGCUGGUGGAGACUUCGUACUGAUGGCAUCGGCAACAUCUGGUCGGCAACAUCUCAGUUGAGCUUGUUCCUGUCGCAGUUCGUUACCCGGGACAAACAAAUUUUGGACGCCGUUCGCCGCUAUGCCCGCGCCUCUUUAACCAUCAUCUUCCUGAAGAGGAGGUACGGUGCCCAGAGGCUCUCAGAGAAGCUGGAUAUCCUCAUCUCCGACGGUAUCCUUUUAGAAGAUGAGGUGGAGCAGCUCCGAAAGUACAACAACAACUUAGCCGAGAGCAUCUGGACCUGGAUUGCACACAUCGUGGCAGACCUCGACAAGAAGGGCAAGAUCAAGGGCGAGGUGAUGCUCAACUUCCUCAUGGAGCGAGUCAACUUGGGCCGGAGUGGUGCCGCCCUGAUUGGCGCACAGUUGGGGACACCCAUUCCGUUGCCGUAUAUCCAUUUGAUGGGUAUCCUGGUGAAGAUCCACAAUGGCAUCCUUGGCAUUACCUUGGGCUUCGUGCUUGGCUGCUCCUGGCAGGAAAGCUGGUCUGCGCGGGUCCUGCUCAGCAUCAAGGUCUUCUUUAUCCCACUUCUGUACAACGCAAUUUUGCUGGUCAAUGCAGUGUUGGCGGACCCCUUCAACGGCGAGGUCAACGACUUCCCAGUCGCCAAGUACCAGCUUGGAAUCGAAGGCGACGGAGCAAGCUACGUGGACGCGGGAGAUCACCUCCCGGCACUGUUGAAGAAGACGGCGUAG